AUGCUAAGAUCUGUUGCCACCCGUUCUCGUGGAUUGACCCCAAUCAUUCGCCGCUUCUACUCUCACAAGGAGUUAAAGUUCGGUGUCGAAGGUAGAGCUGCCCUAUUAAAAGGUGUGGAAACUUUAGCUGAUGCUGUUUCUGCUACUUUGGGUCCAAAAGGUAGAAACGUUUUAAUUGAACAACCAUUUGGUGCUCCAAAGAUUACAAAAGAUGGUGUCACUGUAGCCAAAGCCAUUACUUUGGAAGAUAAGUUUGAAAAUAUGGGUGCCAAAUUGUUACAAGAGGUGGCUGCUAAGACUAAUGAAACCGCUGGUGACGGUACCACUUCUGCUACCGUAUUAGGUAGAUCUAUCUUCACUGAGUCUGUCAAAAAUGUGGCAGCUGGUUGCAAUCCAAUGGAUUUGAGAAGAGGUACUCAAGCUGCAGUUGAAAAAGUCAUUGAAUUCUUGAGUGCUAACAAGAAGGAAAUUACUACUUCUGAAGAAAUUGCACAAGUUGCUACCAUUUCUGCAAAUGGUGAUGCUCAUGUGGGUAAGUUAUUAGCAUCUGCCAUGGAAAAAGUUGGUAAAGAAGGUGUUAUUACCAUCAAGGAAGGUAGAACUUUGGAAGAUGAAUUGGAAGUUACUGAGGGUAUGAGAUUUGACCGUGGAUUUAUCUCUCCAUACUUUAUCACUGAUGCUAAAUCUGGUAAGGUGGAAUUUGAAAAACCAUUGUUGCUAUUGAGUGAAAAGAAAAUCUCUUCCAUCCAAGACAUUUUGCCAGCUUUGGAAAUUUCCAUCCAAUCUAGAAGACCAUUGUUGAUCAUUGCUGAAGAUGUGGAUGGUGAAGCAUUGGCCGCAUGUAUUUUGAACAAAUUGAGAGGUCAAGUCAAAGUGUGCGCUGUUAAGGCACCAGGCUUCGGUGAUAACAGAAAGAACACUCUAGGUGAUAUUGCGAUCUUGAGUGGUGGUCAAGUUUUCACUGAGGAACUGGAAUUGAAACCUGAGAACUGUACCAUUGAUCAACUAGGUUCUUGUGAUUCUAUCACUGUCACCAAAGAAGAUACCGUUGUUCUAAACGGUGACGGUAGCAAAGACGUUAUUGAAUCUAGAAUUGAACAAAUUAAGAACUCCAUCGAUUUGACUACUACCAACUCCUAUGAAAAGGAGAAAUUGCAGGAACGUUUGGCUAAGUUGUCUGGUGGUGUUGCAGUUGUUAGAGUCGGUGGUGCAUCUGAAAUCGAGGUUUCCGAAAAGAAGGAUCGUUACGAUGAUGCUUUGAAUGCUACCAGGGCUGCCGUCGAAGAGGGUAUCUUGCCUGGUGGUGGUACUGCCUUGGUUAAGGCUUCUCGUGUCUUGAACGAAGUGGAAGUUGAGAACUUUGACCAAAAAUUGGGUGUUGACAUCAUUAGAAAAGCCAUCACUAAGCCAGCUAGAAAGAUCAUCGAAAACGCUGGUGAAGAAGGUUCUGUUAUCAUUGGUAAGUUGGUUGACGACUUUGGUGAAGAUUUCGCCAAGGGUUACAACGCCGCUAAGAGUGAAUACACCGAUAUGUUGGCCUCCGGUAUCAUCGAUCCAUUCAAGGUGGUGAGAUCUGGUUUGGUUGAUGCUUCCAGUGUUGCAUCUUUGUUGGCUACCACUGAAGUUGCCAUCGUGGACGCUCCUCAACCUCCUGCCGCUGGUGGUAUGCCAGGUGGUAUGCCAGGUGGUAUGCCAGGUAUGAUGUAA